GUCGGAUUGUCUGUGACGUCACCACCAAUUUUACAGUCGGAGUUGAAGUGAAAAAGUAACAAAUAGACAGUGUCUGGUUGGGGGUAGGGAAGAGGCGAGAAAAGACGACCCAACAACACCGCGUAGAGUUAGCAAGCCUACAAUCCUGGUUGUUAGAUAUCGUUAGUUUUUCCUACCUAGCUAGUCUUUUCCGAAGUCCAACAAAGUUAUCGUGGGCUAGCUACUUACGAGUAGAAACGUAACGUUUAACAGAAGGAGGGACAUGGCCCAGGAGACCAACCAGAACCAAGGGCCGCUGCUCUGCACCACGGGCUGCGGUUUCUACAGCAACCCGCGAAACAAUGGCAUGUGUUCGAUGUGCUACAAGGACUUCCUCCAGAGACAAAACAACAAUGGACGAGUCAGUCCACCAGUGUCGUCCUCGGCGGCGGUUAGCAACCUGGGGGAGUCCCUCCUAGCCCAGUGCUCAGAGAGCAGUACUGUAGACGUGCCGUCAGCCACGACCCACACAGCCAUCAGGAUGAACAGGUACAGUAGGGUUGUAUCUAGCCAGUCAUUCUUAACGGCAGCACCAGCUACUCAUUCAGAAGAGGAGAGUACAGCCACGUCUGAAGACCUGAAAACAGAAGAGAUACAGGAGCGAGCACCAUGUAGAGCAGCUGUAGAAAGUGAACAGCAGGAGCCCAGCACAGCAGGUAGCUCAGGGACUCGCCCUAAUAGACAGGACAGUCAGCCAAUGAGAAGCCAGGACAGAAAGUCAGUCAGAAGGCCUGCCCCAGAGGACAGCUCUCGCAAGAGGAAGCUAGAGGAGUCAGAUGGAGAGAAGGUGUCUGUAUCGGUAUCCGAGGACACGGACCAGGCCUCGGUAGACGGACUGGACAAACCCUCGGACUCAGACGAACCCAAAGCCGCCAGGAAGAAUCGCUGCUUCUCCUGCCGCAAGAAAGUCGGCCUCACGGGCUUCGACUGCAGAUGCGGCAACGUGUUCUGCAGCAUGCACCGGUACUCAGACGUUCACAACUGCACCUUCAACUACAAGGCCGACGCAGCGGAGAAGAUCAGGAAAGCGAACCCUGUCUGCGUCGGGGAGAAGAUACAGAAGAUCUGAAAACGGGUUUGCCGCGAAUCGAUGUCCACCCGGAAGUCUGCGGUUUAGAUUAACCAUUGACCACCUUUUCGUUUCUCCGUUUCCUCUUUUGAUUUGAAGUUGUUUAUGUGAGCAACGCUCCAUUCCCAUCGGACCCUUUAAAAUCAUGCAUGCCAGCUGCAAAAAAAUAAUAUUUGUAAAUGUAUUUUUACUUAACCUGUUUCCUUUUGUAGUUUUAAUUAUUUUAUCCCUUAAAUGUUGUGGUUUAUGAAAAACCGGAAGAUUUAAAGUUACAGUAUUUAGAUUGAUUAAUUGGGCUUUAAUUACUUUGUUGGGUACUACUGGAAAGGCUGUGCUUUUCUGGUGUUAAAAAAAAAAAAAUACAAAAAACAAGCAUGUUAAAAAGCCUGAAGGAUCUUUCCAUUCCUCCUUUUGGACUGUAUGUUGCCUGACAAAGGACGGAACAGGUUGUGUUUUACAUUAUCAGCGAGAGAGCAGAAACCAGGAUUGUGCUGUUGCUCCCAGACCUUUUUGUAUAAUUGAGUCAUUUUAAAGACUCUGUGAUCUGCUGUGUAAAAGAGUUUAUGUUUAUCAUAUGAUUAUGAAUAGCCUGUAUGCAUGUUUCCGGUUGUGCGUUUGAGGAUUAUAAAGUUCAUUUAUGGGUGCACAGGAGUAUGACCUGAAUCUAUUGUUCUGUAUUUAUGUUAGUUUAUUCACUGUCUUAACUUUGAUCUGAAUAAAGCUCUAACACAUUUUUGAAAAUUUGAAA